AUGGAGGCUCCCCUGGCCAGCGCUGGAGGGCGCCAACGGACAGCGGCCGGCGCCGAGCUCACCGGCACGCAGGUAGCUGUGAUGAAACCUAUGGAGGUGCGAUGGCGUGAAGUUACAUCGUACACGGUGACGCGCCAGCCCGACGUGAACGAGGGCAGGCAGGGUGGGCAUCGAACGCACGCUCCUCUGUGGCUGUCAGGACCCCGGCGGCGUCUGCAAACAGUUCGGCAAGGCACAGCGCGGGGCGUCCCUGCAGUGUGUGUCGGUCAGCGCUGGAGUGCGCCUCCAGCCGGCCUCCAGGCGGCAGCGUCCAGCUGUGGAAACAGUGCCGUCCGGCCUCGAGCUCCGGACCCCAGCAACUGGCUGACGUCCCUUCGGUCACAGAAGCCACGGUCGGGGGCGGACGUGGAAGACGGCGGCGAGCGCGCGCUGGCGGGUCACGUGCGCUACCUGCGGGUGGCCGGGCUGUGGCCGCGCGGCCGGGGGCCCGCCUACGCGCUGUACGCGGCGCUCGUGCAGCUGAGCGCCGUCGCGUACGUCGCCGUCGGCGUCGCCAGCGUGCGCAGCGCCCGAGGCGACGUGGACGCCAUAUCGCACACGCUCAUGCACACGCUCGAGGUGGUCUCCGGGCUGCUGAAGGCGGGGCUGUUCUUCCGCAAGAGGCGCUCGUUCUACCGGCUGGUGCGGGACCUGGAAGGGAUGGCGUCGGCCGACUGGGACGUGGCGGAGCUGCGGUGGGCGCGGCGGCGCGCGCGCCGCAUGACGGCGUGGCUGAGCGCCUACAUCUACGCGCUGAUCCUGCUGUGGCUGCCGGCGCCGCUGCUGGCGGCCGGCGACCAGAGGCUGCUGCCCGUGGUGCAGCUGCACGGCGUCGACUGGGCGCGCCGGCCCGCCGCCUACGGCGCGCUCUACGCGCUGCAGUGCGCCGUGCUGCUCACGCAGGUGCCCGUCGUCAUCGGCCUCGACUGCUUCUUCGUGGCGGCCAUGCUGCACGCCGGCGCUCUGCUGCAGCUGUUCCUGCGCGACCUGGAGGCUGCGGUCAGCGCCAUGCUGCUGGUCCAGCUGUCCGUCAUUAUGGUCGGGCUCUGCAUGACUCUCUACCAGCAGACGCAGAUCAAGGACGCGCUGACGGCCCUGCAGUACGCGCUGAUCCUGCCGUUCUACACGGCCCAGCUCUACUUCUACUGCUGGACGGCUGACUUCAUCGCGCAGCAGGGCGAGGCGCUGUCCGUGGCGGCGUACAGCAGCCGCUGGGUGGGCGCCGGCGCAGCCUUCCAGAGGGCGCUGUCGGUGGUCAUGGCGCGCGCGCACCGGCCGCUGCUCGUCACGGCCGGCCGCCUCUACCCCGUCAACACGGCGGCCUUCGUCGCGCUGAUGAAGGCCUCCUACUCGUACUACACGCUGCUGAGGCAGCUGGACAGCCACUGA